AUGUGCUGGUGCCCCGUCCAUUUGAGACCAGGUCCCGAUUCGUUGAUCCGAAGAAUGUCAGUCCAAUUCACUACAGACAGUGUGGAUGCACCUCUACAAAUAUCUCACGUGCAAGCAGAAGAUGAAGCUACCUACAAAUGUGAAAUAACAUAUCUAGAAGUAAUCGAUAACUGUGAUGUAAUUCAAAUAGUGAAGCUCAAAACGCUGAGAAAACCGGAUACCAUCAGAGUAAUAGAUGGUAACGGAAACGUAUUAUCAAAUGACACAACCUUGUCUCCUAGAAAGGUGAAAGCUGAAAUGGAACUGACAUGCGAAGCUGUUGGUGGUAAACCAGUGCCUAAUGUGUCAUGGUUCAAUGGAACAACUCAUAUGACAGGAGCCAAAUACACAGUAACCGGUAAAGAUGAAAGUCUGACGGGAAAAUCAGUGCUAAAAUUGUCUCUAUCAAGAGGAGAUAUACUGGCUACAUUUAUGUGUCGGGUGGAAAGCGAAGCUUUGGAUGAACCAGUAAUUUACUCAAUAACCACAGACGUCCACGUGUCGCCGACGCACGUUAAUUUGAUCGACGAGAAGAAUCGUGUUGUCCAGGGAAUGGAGGCCAAAUUCACGUGCACAGUUCCGGGAGCGAGGCCUGAGGCAACGGUAAGAUGGAAAAAUGAGUCCAGCGAGGAGUCCACUGACAUCACACCCCUCUCGAACACCACGUAUGAGUAUGAUAACAAAACGUACACAACAAUAAGCAAAUUGUCCUUCAACACCAGCUACUACCAAAAUGGGAACAGGAUUUAUUGUUACGCACAGAAUAAGGCCAGGAACGAAAGCGGUGAACCAGAACUCUAUGAAAGCAAAACAUUGGACGUUCUAUAUCCACCAGUGUUUAAUUUCGUCGCACACGAUAUUAUUAUAAACGAAACUUCGAAAAACAACACCGUUGACAUGGAUUGUUUCUUCAUCGCGAACCCGCAGGAAAUGAGGGCGAUAGUUUGGUCGAAGGAUGGAAAAAAUCUGACAGUGAGCGAUACGAGCAAAUACAAGGGAGGUACUGUAACGCGACCAAGAAUUACCAUAAAAAGUGUGGACCGUGAGGAUAUGGGCGAAUACACGUGUUCAGUAAGGAACGAUGUUGGGACAGAGACGUCGGAGGGCAUAUACUUGAAUGUUCAGUAUCCUCCGGAUGUUGAAGUUGUGAUGCAACCAGCAGCCCCCGUAAAAGCUUUAGAAAAGAGUACGGUUCUCCUGGAAUGUAACGUAACUUCAGGAAAUCCUUCGACACUGGAAAAAGUACGCUGGUUUCUGGACGGGCAACUUAUGAAAGAAUUCCCCGAGUGUAACUAUACGAGCUACGACGAGAGCGGAACCGGAGAAGGGUACGGAGGUCCUUUCUGCGGCCUGGAUCCGAGCAUUUUAAGCCUAGAGAGAGUAGACGAGACGUUUUCCGGCAAUUAUACAUGCCAGGGGAAGAACUUUGCGGGAUGGGGUAACGAGUCCGAACCCAGGGAGUUAAUUGUGUAUUAUCCCCCCGGCCCGGCCGUCCUCAGGUACCACCCUUCGGAUGUGGUGAAGGGUGGAUCGGUAACUUUAGAGUGUAUCGUACAGAAUCCCGGUAAUCCCGAUAAUUUGACUUACGUCUGGUAUAGAGGUGUACACGAAAUGGUCGAGGUUACGGUUUCCAAUUUUACGAUAUCGCCUGUACGAUUGGAAACCAGGAGUAAUUUUACUUGCACUGCUGUAAACGAAGGUGGGAGGAGCGAGAAUGCCACGGUGUUCAUAAAUGUGAAUGCUCCUCCUGCAUUCAUUGAGAAACUUCCGACGUACCGAGGUGUUCUGUAUUCCUCCAAACACAUAAAUUUAACUUGUAAAGUUGAAUGUUACCCUGAAUGUUCAAUAAUCUGGAAAAAGGAUGGCAUCAUACUAAAUACGGACGAGAACUCGCUUUAUAGUGUUAAAACGACGAAACUACCUCCAGACUACAGGAAAAACGACUUUGAGUCAAUCAAUUCGACUCUAAUAUGGAACAUGGAUCGAUGGCCUGAAAAACAGCUAAAUAAAAGUUCUCCAAAUUCCCAUUACUCCUGUGAGAGUAUGAACAACUCGCUUGGACUUGGGGUUAAUUCAACAAUUGAAAUCGCAGUAGAUUAUCCUCCGGAAAACGUCCAUGUUUCUCCUAAGAUCAUUAACGUUGUUGAACACCAAAUUCCAAGUCCAGUUAAGUGUCAUGGCGAAGGUCGUCCUAAACUCACGUAUAAAUGGAGAAAGAACGCUACGUCUGAACCGAUAUCCGGAAACGAAGACUUAGUUUUAGGACCAAUGAAGAGGUCGGAUACCGGCGGAUACACUUGCGAGGCGGAAAACAAACAUGGAACCAAAUUU